GAGGGAGGGCGCGUGCGUGCGCGGUGGCGCCGGGCAAGGGCGCGUGCUGAUCCCCGGGCAGGCGCGCGGGCGGGCAGGCAGGCAGGCGGGCUGCCUGGCUCCCGAUGUCCCAUGUGCUUGCUCUCCGGGCGGCGAGCGGGCGGCUCUUGCGGCUCUUUUGGCGGAGGAUGCUGCGGCAGGCGAUCCACAGAGGGCUCCAGUCGUUCUGCCGCCAGCUGGGCUUGUUCGUGAGCCGGCACCCGGUCUUCUUCCUGACGGUGCCGGCCGUGCUGACGCUGAUCUUCGGCUCGAGCGCGCUGCACCGCUUCCAGCUGGAGCGGGACCUGGAGCGGCUGGUGGCGCCGAGCCACAGCCUGGCCAAGAUCGAGCGCCGCCUGGCCGGCAGCCUCUUCCCGCUGGACCGCGCCAAGGGCCAGCUCUACUCGGACUUGCACCCGCCGGGCCGCUUCGGCCGCCUCCUCCUCCUGGCCAAGCCCGGCGGCAAUGUUUUGCUCCAGGCGGAAGGACUGCUGCAGAUCCACCGAGCCGUGCUGGAAAUGAAGGUGAACCACAAAGGCUAUAAUUAUACUUUUUCCCAUCUGUGUGUGUUGAGAAGUCAGGAUAAGCAAUGCGUGCUGGAUGAUAUAAUUUCAGUGCUAGAGGAGCUGAGGCAGGCCGCCCUCGCCAAUAAGACCGCGGCCAGGGUGCCAGUCAGCUAUCCCAACACUAAAUUGAAGGAUGGAAGAAGCGCUUUUAUUGGUCAUCAACUUGGUGGAGUCUUGGAACAGCCGAACAGCAAGGACCAAAGGGUCAAGUCAGCCCGAGCCAUCCAAGUCACUUACUACCUCCAGACUUACCAUUCUGUGGCUCAGGAUCUCAUUGGGGAAAAAUGGGAGAACGAAUUUUGCAGACUGAUGCACAGGCUGCAGCCCCAACACGAGGACCUGCAGCUCUACUCUCUGGCCUCCUUCAGCCUGUGGAGAGACUUCCACAAGACCAGCAUCCUGGCCAGGAGCAAGAUCUUAGUGAGCCUGAUGCUCAUCCUGAUGGCGGCUAUCUUCUCCAGCUCCAUGAAGGACUGCCUCCGCAGCAAGCCCUUCCUCGGCCUCCUGGGAGUGCUCACUGUCUGCAUCUCCAGCGUCACUGCGGCAGGGAUAUUUUUCAUUACUGAUGGAAAAUAUAACUCGACUCUGUUGGGAAUCCCUUUCUUCGCAAUGGGUCAUGGAACAAAAGGAGUGUUUGAGCUUCUGUCAGGAUGGCGUCGAACCCGAGAGAACCUGCCAUUCAAAGACAGAGUUGCAGAUGCCUACUCUGAUGUGAUGGUUUCCUACACCAUGACAAGCUGCUUGUACUUUAUAGCCUUCGGGAUGGGUGCCAGUCCUUUCACCAACAUCGAGGCUGUGAAGGUCUUCUGCCAGAAUAUGUGCAUCUCCAUCCUGUUGAACUACUUCUAUAUUUUCUCGUUCUUUGGCUCCUGUCUCGUCUUUGCUGGGCAAUUGGAGCAGAACCGUUACCACAGUAUCUUUUGCUGCAAAAUCCCCUCUGCAGAAUACCUGGAAAGGAAGCCUGUUUGGUUCCAAACUAUGAUGAGUGAUGGCCACCAACACACUUCUCAUCACGAGACUGAUCCAUACCAGAAUCAUUUCAUCCAACAUUUCCUACGGGAGCAUUACAACGAAUGGAUAACUAACAUCUAUGUUAAGCCAUUUGUGGUGAUACUUUAUCUUAUAUAUGCUUCUUUCUCCUUUAUGGGCUGCUUGCAGAUCAGCGAUGGAGCCAAUAUUAUUAACCUCCUCUCCAGCAAUUCACCAAGUGUGUCCUAUGCCCUCAUUCAGCAGAAAUACUUUAGCAACUACAGUCCCGUCAUCGGGUUCUACAUCUAUGAACCUCUCGAGUACUGGAACGGCACUGUACAAGAAGACUUAAAGAAACUGAGUGAAGGCUUCAACACGCUAUCCUGGCUCCAACAAUAUUACCAGUAUCUGAGAGCUGGGAACAUUACUGCCACGAAUAAAAGUGACUUUCUUAGCAUACUUCAAAACUCGUUCUUACGAAAGCCCGAAUUCCAGCACUUCAAAAACGACAUCAUUUUCUCCAAGGCUGGGAAUGUGAAUAGCAUCAUUGCUUCUCGUAUGUAUCUUGUGGCUAGGACUAGUGAAAAAACACAGAGAGAUAUCAUUGAGUUAUUGGAGAAACUCAGACCGUUGUCUCUGAAACAAAGCAUCAAGUUCAUCGUCUUCAACCCUACCUUUGUCUUCAUGGACCAGUACAGUUUAUCAGUCACUAUGCCGGUCUUGAUUUCCAGCUUUGGCAUUUUGCUGGUGUUGUUACUCACCUUUUUCCUCGUGAUCCAUCCUCUGGGGAACUUCUGGCUAAUUCUCACUGUCACCUCAAUCGAGCUGGGUGUCCUGGGCUUGAUGACGUUAUGGAAUGUAGACAUGGAUUGCAUUUCUAUCCUGUGCCUUAUUUACACUCUCAAUUUCUCCAUAGAUCACUGUGCACCCCUGCUUUACACAUUUGUAUUAGCAACCGAACACACGCGAACUCAGUGCAUCAAAAGUUCACUCCAAGAACACGGGACAGCAAUUUUGCAAAACGUGGCUUCUUUUCUUAUCGGAUUGGUCCCCCUCCUUUUUGUGCCUUCAAACUUGACCUUCACACUGUUCAAAUGCUUGCUGCUCACUGGCAGUUGCACACUUCUGCACUGUUUUGUUAUUUUACCAGUCUUCCUAACAUUUUUCCCACCCUCCAAAAAGCACCACAAGAAAAAGAAACGGGCCAAAAGGAAGGAGCGGGAAGAGAUUGAGUGCAUAGAAAUUCAAGAGAAUCCCGAUCACGUGACAGCAGUCUGAAAGCCACACAGCCAUGUGUUUGUGUGUUUUUAAUUACCUAAAAAUGUUACACAGAGCUGCAGGGAAAGUAGAGUAAAGCUCUCCACUGCUUGCGCUGGCCCAUGUGAAACAAGACCAAGGAAGCCCAAGAAAGGAGCAUUUCACAGAGGGAGGUGAAGGUGUUGUCAAAAGAAUAAUGUUUUUUUAAAAAAUGGAAAAGGAUCGAGAUAGGGAAAAAAACACUCCACUUGUUUUUUCCUUGAAUGCUGUCACUUCAACAAGGGCACUGUUUAAUAGCAGUUUAUUUUAUUGAAAAACACACACAAAUAAGUUUGAUUCAAGUAACCAGUUUGAAAAAAAAGAAAGGUCGGUCACAAGGACGCAAACUGGAGAAAAUAACAACAAAAAUAAGGAAAAAGAUGUUUGUGGCUGUAUUGUAUUCUUAGAGGUUGGUCUCACUUAAAACCUAUGCAGCUGGGAAGUAGACUUUCAGUCAUUCUAAGCCAAAGUACUUCCCUACUCAGAGUCCUUCCCUACUAUUAUACAUCUAUAUGUCACAAUUGAAACUAAUGCCAUUUGUCCAGUGAACAAAUCCCAAAAUGUAAGUACAGUAGAGUCUCUCUUAUCCAACAUAAAUGGGCCGGAAAAUGUUGGAUAAACAAAAAUGUUGGAUAAUAAUGAGGGAUUAAGGGAAAGCCUAUUAAACAUCAAAUUACAUUAUGAUUUUACAAAUUACCAUAUAUUCUGGCAUAUAAGACUCCUUUUUAACCCAAGAAAAUCUUCUCAAAAGUCAGGGGUCGUUCUAUACACAGGAGUAGUCUUAUAUACAGGGGUAGUCUUAUACACAGGAGUAGUCUUAUACGCAGGAGUAGUCUUAUACGCAGGGGUAGUCUUAUACACUGAAGUUGUCUUAUGCAUUGGAGUAGCCUUAUGCAU